UCCCUCCCCUUCCCCACCCCCGCGGGAGGACCGUGCGGGACCUCCAUGGCGGCGGCCGUUUGGGGCCUCCGGGGGCUGCUGGGGAGACGCUUGGGGACGCCGGCGGGGCGCAUGGCGGCGGGCGCGGGGCCGCGGGCCGGGGCCCACAGCUACGAGACGCUGCGGGUGACGCCGGCGCGCGACCGGGUGCUGCACGUGGAGCUGCACCGCCCCGAGAAGAGGAACGCCAUGAACGUGGCCUUCUGGAGGGAGAUGGUGGAGUGUUUCCGCAAGAUCGCCCAGGACCCGGCCUGCCACGCCGUCGUAAUCUCGGGCGCCGGGAAGGUCUUCACGGCCGGCCUUGACCUCAUGGAGAUGGGCGGCGAGUUCCUGGUGGUGGAGGGUGACGACGUGGCCCGGAAGGCCUGGAACCUGCGGCACAAGAUCCGCCAGUACCAGGAGAGUUUCUCCGUGCUUGAGCAGUGCCCCAAGCCGGUGAUCGCGGCGGUGCACGGCGCCUGCAUCGGCGGGGGCGUCGACCUCAUCUCCGCCUGUGACAUCCGCUACUGCACCCAGGACGCCUGGUUCCAGGUGAAGGAGGUGGACAUCGGGCUGGCGGCUGACGUGGGCACCCUGCAGCGUCUCCCGAAGAUCGUGGGCAGCCAGAGCCUCGUGAACGAGCUGGCCUUCACCGCGCGCAAGAUGAUGGCGCCCGAGGCGCAGAGCUGCGGCUUGGUGAGCCGCGUGUUCCCCGACAAGGAGGCGCUGCUGCGGGGCGCCCUGGACCUGGCGACCGCCGUGGCGGCCAAGAGCCCGGUGGCCGUGCAGGGCACCAAGGUGAACCUGGUGUACGCGCGCGACCACCCCGUCGCCGAGGGCCUGCGCUACGCCGCCACCUGGAACAUGAGCAUGCUGCAGACCGAGGACAUCCUCAAGUUGGUGCAGGCCACGCUGGAGAAGAAGGACGCCGGCGACGUGGCCUUCUCCAAGCUGUAGGGACGGCGGCUCCCCGCGCCGCCGGCGCCAAUAAACCGCCCACGUCCCCGCG